AUGACUUUCAUAGUGUAUCACAGCAAAACUCUUCAAAUGAACAGCAGUAGACGAAAGCCACUGAUACACCAUAAACCAUUGUCAAAAUCCGAAGCGCACCACGGGACGAAAUCCCUAGAUGUCUGGAAAGAAGAACAAGGACGGCGCAGAAAGGUGGUCAGGCAGGUUUGCGAGAGAUUAGGUCUGACCAGAAGGAAGGUACUCAGCCAACUGAUGCAGUCACCAAAGCAGAGUUUCUUGCAUUUUCUUGUGGAUGAUGCCAGAGGCGCUAUCUACUGCUACAUUCCAAAGGUAGCUUGUACCAACUGGAAAAAGGUGUGGAUGGUUCUAACGGGCCUCACUGGCGAGCAGAAUUUGACGGCGAUUCCACUAAUGCUCAGAUCCUACAAGAAGCUGGUCAUCGUCCGCCAUCCUUUCCAUAGACUCUUAUCAGCCUACAGAGACAAAAUUCAUUUUGCGGAAGGAAGACCCUAUUUCCAAAAGAAGGUGCACUCUUACAUAGUGAGACGACGAACUGGGGCCAACCUAACCGACAUACAGUGGCCAGAGUUCGUUGAUUUCCUUACCUCGGCCGCGGGCCAACUGGCUGAUGAUCAAUGGAGUUCUUACAUGUCUUUGUGUCACCCAUGCGCCAUCGACUAUGACGUCAUUGCCAAGCUGGAAAAUCUUCAGGAAGAUUCCGAUAAAUUCUUACGACUGAUUGAAGCCCCUGAAUCUCUCCAUUUUCCAAACACUUCCAGGACUUCCAGAAGAACAGAUAGUGUCCUCUGGAGCGACUACCAGAGGCAAUUAAGCUCCCAUCAAUUGUCUGCUUUGUAUAAGGCCUAUGGGAGAGACUUUGAAUUGUUUGGCUACAGUUAG